GCUCGUUCGAUUCCUCCAUGGUCUCGUACCUUUGACGCUGUUCUCACCUGGUCCGCCAGCUUUCACCGUCACUAGCCUCCACUCUCUCACGAGAGACCGUUUCUUUUCGGAAUCUGACGCUUCAUCGCUUUGUCUUAUUCAUCUUCAUUCUAGCUUGCACUGUCCAUAGUGCCGGCGUCAUUGUCCCCGUUCGCUACAGCCGAACCCUUGCCAUGGAGGGCUUCGACACCAUGGCGUUGCCCUAUCUGGCUUCCCCGCUGUCGUUAGGGAAUAUGCAGGGCACAGAUUAUCUCAAUGCUUUGCAAGGCAUGGACCUUCCUGAUCAACGAUCAAACUUUGACUCCGAGACAUUCGUUAGCGGAGACGAUUUGACCUUUGCCCAUCUAUCUCCACAGACACUGAAGCGAUUCUCUUCCGGUUACGAGGACUCGUUCCCAGAGAUGGUCACUUCCUUUGACCCCCCGCCUCCAGCUGAGCCGCCUGCCGACUCCUCCAUUGACCAUAAUAACAAGCUAUUGAGCUUCUCGAUGCCAGUAUAUCCGUGGACUCUGCUUGAUUAUUCUUUUCGACGCGCCUCAAUAUCAAUUUCAGCUCAGCUGCACGGCAUGUUUUUCCUUGCCGAGUCACCGUGGACCACGUCUCCGACAGAAAAUGCUCCGCCUCAGCAAGGAGCAGAACUGACCUGCUACCGGCGAAAUCUUUUCCAGAUCACUGGUUCUGUAACCCUUCCUCGGGCCCUGCGCUAUAUCAUCACCGACACCGGUGACCGGAUACCUAUCGUCGCGCACGAACUGACAGUGUCGGCUACCGAGUCUGUUGAGGGCAAUUCGGUCAAGAUUAUUUCUGUGCCCUGGAAGACUCCCGCUGCAAAUGACGCUGGCAAGGAUACAGGAAACAGUAGUAAUACUGCCGCCAAGGUCGAGAAGGAGCCUCCAGCUAUCCCGUUAGACAUGUUAACUGGACAGGAUCUUGAUGCCGAUUACGCCACUUUUCCAAUCGCAUGGAAGCGUCUUCAAUUCCGUGUCGCGACUGCCAACAAUGGGCGAAGAAAGGAGCUUCAACAGCACUUUGUGGUUCGGCUCAGGGUCGUUGCAACAUUGUCCACGGGUAUGAAAACCCCGAUUUGCGAGGUUCACUCGGGGCCAGUCAUCGUCCGGGGUCGCAGUCCUCGUAAUUUCCAGUCUAGGAAAGAUCUACCGUUGAGUGGUAGUGCUGCUGCUUCCAGGAAGAACGCGCAAGCGGCUGCAGCUAGUAAUAAUCUUACUCGAACCUCGCCCAGUCUGACCGACAAGGCAAAAACCGUCGUGAAGAGCAGCUCUCCCGAAACUUCAUCAAACGGGGUCCCCCAGCAAUCCCCCCCAAAUUGGGCUCUUGCAACAAAUUCAACGCUUCCUCCUCCGACGACGACGACGCUGCCGCACUCGUCAGUCUAUUCGCAGUCCAGUCCAGAAUUUUCGAGACCGGUAGAGGCACAUCGACGGACGACGAGCGCCAUUGCUGCCCCUAUUAAUUUAUCUCUUUUGGACGACGACUCUCUCAAUCUCUCAAACGGCGAUUCCCGUCCUCAUACAUCAUUCUCUAAUGACCUCGCGUCUAAGUCUUUAAGCGUUGAUUCAGGGAGGCCAGUCAAGAUGCGCAAAGUAUCUCACUCUAUGCCCCAAGCGCAGUCAAGAAGCACGUCCGCUACAUUCUUGAAUACAGCCAAUUUCCAGCAGAUGCUGCCAGUUCCUUUCACGAGCGAAAGUGCCGAUGUGUUGUAUGAGUAUUUUCCCUUGGGCUUGGAGGAUUGGCAAGGCCCCGUUGAUGCUGUCUAUCGCCCACAUGUGGUACACCACACGAAUAUGCCCCAGAUGAAAUACAUUACGGCGCGAGGUCAGAGCAAACGAUAUUUUGCGGCGGAGGACUCAUAUUCUCUUGUUGAGGCCAUAUGUCCAUCUGGAUGGACAUACUCGAGAAUUAUUUCACGUACAAUGAUUUGACGUCUUUUAUUGCUGGGCAUGUAUGGUUAAUUGGCAUGACUACUGGGUGGUUUGGGUGAUGGCGCGAUGGAGUCUACCGGAUUACCCCUUUGGCUUCGUUUAUUCUUCUCGUCAUAUCAUCUUGUCUACGAGUGGGCCUUUUACUGUCGUCCUCUCAUUAUAUAUCUAUGUCACAUGGACCGCCUUAUUCCGGGCAAGAAGAAACCCGAGAUGAAAUCUGGGAAUCUUGAUAGGAACAACGAAAUUCGGCUGGCCGUCGAUGAGAUUUUGCUGCUAUCCAUACUGUGUCUGGUAUAGUUUGCAAGUACUGUGUAUUGCUUGGUUGCUUUUUCACUGUUACGUGCUUUGGAAGAGAACCAAGGCAGGGCGCAUGGGACGGGCAUCUUGCUUCGUUAAUAGACAAUGGACAAGCAGUUCAGUGAAUUGAAAAGGAGAACUAUAAUUGACUAUUAAGGAAUGUGAGAGUCAGCUCAACACUAGCUUGCGCGGAUUGCAU